ACACAAUACCCAGAAAGGAAAAUUCCAGUCCUGGGCAGAGACACCACUGGGACUGGGCUUCUGGGCUGGAGGUUACCUAGAUCCCACCUAAACGCGACCUGCUCUCUGAUCUGCCUGGUGGUUCAUUAGUGAUUUUAUACCCAGCAAGGAGAGCUCCUGUCCUGGGGAGAAAGACUUGGAUCCCCCCCCCCCUCUUCCAGCCUUCUACCCAAGAGACAGAAGAGUGAAGAGUGACCACCACGAGGAGCAGGGAGUCAUGGAGACCAUAGAGAUACAGACACGAGGGGAUGAAAUGGAGGUGAAAGUGGGGAAGGAGGAGAACGAGGAGAACGAGAAAGAAGUGAAGGAUCUGAAAGAAGAGGAAGAGAAGGGGGUAAAAGAGGAGGAGGAGAAGGGGGUAAAAGAGGAGGAGAAGGGGGUAAAAGAGGAGGAGGAGAAGGAAGUGAAGGAGGAGGUGAAGAUUUCCUGCUCUGGAGGCACCAGUUUGGAGGUCACGGAGGUUGUGAAGGUUAAGGACAUGAUGGAGGCAUCUGAGGAGGAGGAAGAGACUGAGGAAGAGACUGAGGAGGAGGAGGAGGAAGAGACUGAGAAGAAGGAGGAAGUCAAGACCAAGACAUCAAGAAAAAUAAAGAAGUGCUUUGGUAAACCUGUCUUACCGGAUCCCACCUUCAACCGGAGGUGCAGUCUGCUGGUCAGUGAUGUGAAAUAUAAGGAGGACUUUGAGAAGCUGAAGGGCCAGAGUAUGUUUGUACCUGACGCAGCACUCCAACACUCCAAUUACAUCUCAGAGGCCAAGUACAAGGAGGAGAGUCUGAAGGAGGCCACUGACUCUCUGUACCACCUGUUACCAGAGACCCUGGACACCCAGCAUGCUAGAGAGGCCUCCGAUCUACAGAGUGAGAGCAAGUACAAGGAGCAAGGCAGAAAGAGUCGAUCCCAGAGUAUCUACUCCCUGCUCCCAGAGACCACAGAGACCCUGUUUGCCAAGGCUGCGUCUGAGCUGCAGAGUGAGAACAAGUACAAAGAGGAGAGCAGGAAGGAGAUGAGCACCAGCUUGUACUCUUUCCUCCCAGAGACCACGGAGAUGCAACACUCCAAGACCGUGCUGGAGUUCCAGAGUGAGACCAAGUACAAAGAAGCAGGGAGGAAGGCAGCCUCCGCCUCUCUGUACCACCUGUUACCAGAGACCCUGGACACCCAACAUGCUAAAGAGGCCUCCCAGCUGCAGAGUGAGAUCAAGUAUAAGGAGGUGAGCAGAGCAGCUCCAGGCUCUCUGUUCUCCCAGCUGCCAGAUACUCCAGACAUGCAGUUCGCCAGGGAGAUGACAGAGAUGAUCAGCGAGAGCAAGUACAAGGAGCAAGGCAGAAAGGGUCAAUCCCAGAGUAUCUACUCCCAGCUCGCAGAGACAUCAGAGACCCAGUUUGCCAAGGCUGCGUCUGAGCUGCAGAGUGAGAACAAGUACAAGGCAGGGAAGAAGGAGAUCAGCAGCUGCCUGUACUCCCUUCUCCCUGAAACCCUGGAUACACAACACGCCAAGGAGAUGACUGACAUGCUCAGCGAGAUCAAAUACAAAGAAGAGGGGAGGAAAGAGAUGUCUGUCAACCUCUACUCUCUGCUUCCUGAAACCGCGGAGACGCAGUUCGCCAAGGAGGUUUCCGACCUGCAGAGCGAGGUCAAGUACAAAGAGGGUCAGAAGAUCUCCACCAGCCUGUACUCUCUGCUCCCAGAAACCACCCAGACACAGCUGGCCAAGCAGAUGUCCGAACUACAGAGUGAGGCUAAGUACAAAGAAGCAGGGAAGAAGGAAACCUCCGCCUCUCUGUACCACCUGUUACCUGAGACCCUGGACACCCAACAUGCUAAAGAGGCCACAGAGCUGCUCAGCGAGAUCAAAUACAAAGAGGAGGGUAAGAAGGAGAUGUCCAGCUCUCUCUACUCCCUGCUUCCUGACACCACACACACACAGUUUGCCAGAGAGAUGACCGAGAUGCAGAGUGAGAACAAGUAUAAGGAGGAUGGGAAGAGGAGCGUCUCCACCAGUGUGUACUCCCAGCUCCCAGAGACCGUGGAGACCCAGUUUUUCAAGGCUGUGUCUGAGCUGCAGAGCCAGAAGAAGUACAAGGAGUCUGGGAAGAAGGAGGCCUCCACCUCUCUGUACCAGAAGCUACCAGAAACCAUGGAUACCCAACAUGCAAAAGAGGCCUCCCAGCUACAGAGUGAGGUCAGGUACAGGGAGGAUCAGAAGAACCACCCCCCUCCUCUCUACUCCACGAUGCCAGGCACCUCCCACACACAGUUUGUCAAGCAGCAGACUGAGAUGAUCAGCGAGGUCAAAUAUAAGGAGGAGGGGAAGCAGGAGAUGUCCUCUAACCUGUACUCCCUUCUCCCUGAGACAACAGAGACACAGCUGGCCAAACAGCUUACAGAGAUGCAGAGCGAGACCAAAUACAAGGAAGCAGGUAAAAAACAGGCCUCCACCUCUCUGUACCAACUGUUACCAGAGACCCUGGACACCCAACAUGCUAAAGAAGUCUCCCAGCUCCAGAGUGAGCUCGUGUAUAAAGGCACGGGAAAGAGGGAUCUCUCUGGCCCCUCCUACUUCCAGCUUCCAGAGACGCUGGACACCCAGUUUGCCAGGGAGAUGACCGACAUGUUGAGCGAGAACAAGUACAAGGAGCAAGGCAGAAAGACUCGAUCCCAGAGUAUCUACUCCCAGCUCGCAGAGACAUCGGAGACCCAGUUUGCCAAGGCUGUGUCUGAGAUGCAGAGUGAGACUAAGUACAAGAAAGCUGCGAAGAACGUGUCCAGCUCUCUCUACUCUGUGAUGCCAGAAACCAUGGACACGCAGCACGCAAAACAGGCCUCGCUUUUACAGAGUCAGGUGAGGUACAAGGAGGGGUGUAAGAAGGUUCACAACUCGUCUGUGUUCUCCACCAUGCCAGAGACCACUGAGACCCAGCUGGCCAAGGAGCUGACACACAUGCAGAGCCAGGUGCAGUACAGAGGGGAGGGGAGGAAGGAGGUGUCGUCCAGCCUCUUCUCUCUCCUCCCAGACACAGCGGACACUCAGUUUGCGAAGCAGAUGUCUGAGAUACAGAGUGAGCUGCAGUACAAGAGAGACAAAGAGGACCUGUCCUCUAACCUGUACUCUCUCCUUCCUGAAACCAUGGAGACCCAGUUUGCUAAAGAGAUGGCUCAGACACACAGUCAGGCGAAGUACAAAGAAGCAGGGAAGAAGGAAGCCUCCGCCUCUCUGUACCACCUGUUACCAGAGACCCUGGACACCCAACAUGCUAAAGAGGCCUCCCAGCUACAGAGUGAGAUCAAGUACAAGGAGGUGGUGAAGAAGGAGAAUUCCACGCCUCUCUACGCCCUGCUCCCUGACACAGCAGAGAUCCAGUUGGCCAGAGAGCAGACUGACCUGCAGAGUCAGAACAAGUACAAGGAGAGUGGGAAGAGGACCAUGUCCAGCAGCAUCUACUCCCAGCUCCCAGAGACGGCAGAGACCCAGUUCGCCAAGACUGUGUCUGAUCUGCAGAGUGAGACCAAAUACAAGAAAGCAGGUAAAAAACAGGCCUCCACCUCUCUGUACCACAAGCUACCAGAGACGCUGGAGACCCAACAUGCUAAAGAGGCCUCCCUGCUCCAGAGUGAGGGGAGGUACAAGGAGGGGUGUAAGAAGGACCACAACUCGUCCGUGUUCUCCACCAUGCCAGAGACCACUGAGACCCAGCUUGCCAAGGAGCUCCAGGGGCUCUACAGCCAGGUGAAGUAUGGUGAGGAGGGCAGGAAGCUGGUCUCCAGGUCUCUCUACUCCCUCCUGCCAGAGACAGCAGACACUGUGCUGGCCAAGCAGCACUCUGAAGUGCAGAGUGAGCUGAUGUACAAGAGAGACAAAGAGGAUCUGUCCUCUAACUUGUACUCUCUCCUGCCUGAAACCAUGGAGACGCAGUUUGCUAAAGAGAUGGCUCAGACACACAGUGAGGCUAAGUACAAAGAAGCAGGGAAGAGGGAAGCCUCCGCCUCUCUGUACCAACUGUUACCAGAGACCCUGGACACCCAACAUGCUAAAGAGGCCUCCCAGCUGCAGAGUGAGAACAAGUACAAAGAAGAAGGCAGGAGGACCAUGUGCACCAGCUUGUACUCCCUGCUGCCCCAGACAGCAGCGACACAAUUUGCUGCCAAACUCUCAGACAUGCAGAGUGUGAACAAGUAUAAGGAGGAUGGGAAGAGGAGCGUCUCCACCAGUGUGUACUCCCAGCUCCCAGAGACUGCAGAGACCCAGUUUGUCAAGGCUGUGUCUGAGCUGCAGAGCCAGGCCAAGUACAAGGAGGAGAGUCUGAAGGAGGCCUCCACCUCCCUGUACCACCUGUUACCAGAGACCCUGGACACCCAACAUGCUAAAGAGGCCUACCAGCUACAGAGUGAGGUCCUGUAUAAACAGGAAGGUAAGAAGGAGAGAAGCAGCAACCUGUACUCCUUGCUACCUGAGACUGAGGAGACCCAACGUGCCAAAGCUGUGAUGGGGCUACAGAGUGAGACCAAAUACAGGCAGAAAGGUAAAGAAGAAACCUCCAGCUGUAUCUUCUCACAGCUCCCUGAGACUAAAGAGAUCGAGUUUGCCAAGCUGGUGACAGAACUGCAGAGCGAGUCCAAAUACAAGAGAGACAAAGAGGAGCUGUCCUCCAACCUGUACUCUCUCCUACCUGAAACCAUGGAGACCCAGUUUGCUAAAGAGAUGGCUCAGACACACAGUGAGACUAAGUACAAGGAGGCCAGUAAGAAGGAUCUGGUGAACUCACUGUACUGCCAGUUGCCCCAGACCAGCGAAACACAACAUGCUAAGGAGCUCACCCAGCUUUACAGCCAGAAAAGCUAUCGUGAGGAGGGCAGGAAGGAGGCAGUCUCCAGCCUCUACUCCAUCAUGCCUCAGACCAUCGAGACGGUCUUUGCCAAGGAGGUGGCCAAGCACCAGAGUGACAAGCUGUAUAAGGAGCAGUAUAAUGCAGGCAAGGGCAGGUCCAGCUACAGCAGCAUGAAGACCCUGCCUGAGGUCCAGCACGCCAUGGAGGUCAACAAGCAGCAGAGCGAGAUUAACUACAGAAAGGGGAAGGAGGAUCUUCACAGCUACAAUGCCCUAGCAGACAGACCUGACAUCAUCAAUGCCACACAGGCCACCAAACUUGCCAGCGACGUGGCCUACAGAAGCAAAUCUAAACAUGAGGUGUAUAACGAGCAGUCUGGCCUGGGUCGCUCUGACAUAGAACACGCCAAGGAGGCUUCCAAACUGGCCAGCCAGGUGAAGUACAAGGAGAAGUUUGACAAGGACUUAAAGGGCCAGAAGCCUCAGUAUAACCCUGGGGACUGCCUGUCCUUCAAACACACACAGGCAGCUUCUGCACUGGCCAGUCAGGUGAAGUAUAAGAACAAUCAGAGACAUAAGGUCGAGCCAUCAGCUGACCUGCCCAACCUGCUGCACCUGGAGCAUACCCUCCACGCCAGCAAGCUGCAGAGCAACGUGGAGUACAGGAAGAAGUAUGAGCAGGCUAAGGGACAUUACCAUGAAGCUCUGGACACUGCUGAACAGCUCCACCACAGGGAGAACGCCGUACUGCACAGCCAGGUGAAGUACCGGGAGGAGUAUGAGAAGAACAAGGGUCGUUCUCAGAUGGAGUUUGGAGACACACAGACCUACAAAGUCUCCAAGGAGGCCCAGAAGAUGCAGAGCGAGAGGGAAUACAGGAAGGACUAUGAGGAGCAGGUGAAGGGGAGGGCCCAGCUGGAGGUGGAGCUAACACCUGGAUACCUGACAGCGCGCCACGCCACAGCCCUGAUCAGCGAGAAGGAGUACAGGAAGGACAUGGAACAGGAAGUGAAGGGGCGGGGCUUGUCAGGGUUGGGUCUGGAGGAGUAUCCUGAUUUGCUACGAGCCAAAAACGCCAGUCAGAUACUCAACGAGAAGGAGUACCGUAAGGACCUGGAGACGGAGAUCCUGGGGAAAGGCAUGGAGCUCAACUCUGACAUCCUGGAGAUACAGAGAGCCAAGAGGGCCUCCGAGACCACCAGCCAGGCAUCCUAUAAGCAGUCUGCCAAGCUGAGAGAGAGCUCGUUUGGAACAGUGAUAGACACUCCAGAGCUCCUCCACGCUGCCUACCUGAAGGAUGUAUAUAGUCAGAAGAAGUACAAGGAUGAGGCAGAGAGGAUGAAGGGCUCCUUCUCCCAGAUGUCCGACACCCCUGAGAUGGAACGAGCCAGGACCAACCAGAGGAACAUCAGCUCAAUGUAUUAUACCUGGGACUCCAAAGUGAUGAAAGGUCUGAUGUCAUCAGUGAGCGACACCCCAGAGAUUGUCCUGGCCAGGGAGAACACCAAGAAGAUCAGCAACGUCCAGUACAGGGAGGGGGUGGGCAGUGGAACCGCUGUCAUGGAUACACCCGAGAUGGAGAGGGUCCGCAGGAACCAGGAGAACAUCAGCUCUGUGAAGUAUAAAAAGCCUGUUGGCCAGGCAACCAGUAUGGGUGUGACUCCAGAGCUGGAGAGAGUCAGGCAGAACCAGGACAACAUCAGCUCGGUGAAGUACCAGCGUGGGUUGCAGGAGAUGCGAGGGAGGAGCUGUAUGGAGCUGGACACACCUGAAUUAAGGCGUGUCAGGAAGUCCCAGAACAGCAUCUCCAUGGCCAAGUACCAUGAGGACUUUGAGCGUGAGAGGGGGCGUGGCUACACACCAGUGAUGGAGGACGUGGGCAUGGAUAGGUUGCAACGGUCCAAUCACAUGAUGACGGAGGCAGGGUAUAAGGGGGUCCACCCCCAGAUGGUGGAGAUGGACAGGCGACCUGGCAUCAUUGUAGACAUGAAGGUGUGGAGGACUGACCCUGGUUCCAUCUUUGACUUUGACCCUGUGGAAGAUAACAUCCAGUCUAAAAGCCUGAGGAGAAUGUCUGAGCGGGCCAGUCGUCUGAGCAGGCAGGUUUCCCAGCAGUCCCUCCAGUCCCAGCCUGCCUCUCUGAGCUCUCUGGCCUCUGAGCCCUGGGACCACAGCCUGUCUGUCUGCAGCGGCACUUCCACCCCAGCUCCUGUUCUUCCUGGGGCAUACCAUCAGAGUGUUCCACAGCAGCAGCAGGGGUAUGGUUACAUGCACCAGACCAGCAUGUCCUCAGUGAGGUCCAUCCAGUCCCCCCCACACUCCACCACCAUGAGGGUGUACCGGGCGCUGUAUGAUUACGCUGCCCAGGACCAUGACGAGGUGUCGUUCCGUGACGGUGACAUCAUCGUCAACGCCCAGUCAAUCGACGAGGGUUGGAUGUACGGGACGGUGCAGAGAACGGGGAAGUCUGGCAUGCUGCCGGCCAACUACGUGGAGGGAUUCAACUAGAUCCGGGACUAGAUCCGGGACUAGACUCAGGACUAGACUCGGGACUGGACCUGGGACUAGACCCGGGACUGGACCUGGGACUAGACUCGGGACUGGAUCUGGGACUAGACCCGGGACUGGACCUGGGACUAGACUCGGGACUGGACCUGGGACUAGACCCGGGACUGGAUCUGGGACUAGACUCGGGACUGGAGCUGGGACUAGACCCGGGACUGGACCUGGGACUAGACCCGGGAC